GCCACUACACACCCCGGCAAAUGGCCAAACCGUCUUCUGCUUCUCUCUUCUCGGUCCAAUUAAGCAUCGAUUGUUCGAUUGCCGAUGUCGGAGAAGAGGGAGUGCGGCCACAACUACGGCGAGUGCGAGCGGCGCCGGAUUUACCGCCGAAUCAUCGCUUGCAUCCUCUUCCUGAUCACCCUCGUCCUCCUCAUCAUCCUCAUCGUCUGGCUCGUCCUCCGCCCCACCAAGCCCCGCUUCUACCUCCAAGACGCCUCCCUCGUCCAGCUCAACCUCACCGCCAACGCCGCCAUCCUCACCACCUUCCUCCAGGUCACCAUCUCCUCCCGCAACCCCAACGACCGCAUCGGGAUCUACUACAACCGCCUCGUGGCCUACGCCCGCUACAACAGUCAGCAGAUCACCUCCUCCACCGUGCUCCCUCCCGUCUACCUGGCCCCCCACGAACAAGUCAUCUGGUCUCCUUUCCUCUUCGGCGGCGCUGUCCCCCUCGACUCCAACCUCGCCGCCGCUCUGUACCAGGACCAGAAAGCGGGGUUCGUCCUCAUCUCUGUGCGCGUGGGCGGCCGCCUCCGGUGGAAGGUCGGCACAUGGAUCUCCGGCCGGUACCACCUCCACGUCAACUGCCCUGCGUUGCUGGUGCGGAAGGCUGGAUCCUACGACUUCCGGUUCCAGCAGAGCACCCGGUGCAGCGUUGACGUCUGAUCGAUGGAAAUCUACUCGAUCCAAUAUCUUGCUUGCUUGCUUGCUUACGUUCGUGCUUAGAAUUGAGCCACACAAGUGGCUUUCGUGUUGCCUUCCCAUAUCGUGUUUGUUGUACUGUCUUCUCAGACAUGGACUUUGCAACCACUGUCUUUUCCA